UACGCUCCCUCGUCCUUCCGCCCGCGAUCCCCCGCUCCAGGCAGCAGCCGAGGCGCCCCAGCCCGCGCCCGAGACGCGCACGCCCACCCGGCGUCCGAGGCGUUGCCCUUUUAAGAAGCCCGGCUGCCAGCUCAGGUAGGCAGGGCCCAUUGGCAGCGGUGGCUCCUAUGGCAACCCAAUCGGAUCAGCUGGCUUCAUGAAUAUUCCCAGGACCAGGAGCUGCUGCAUGAGGAAUCAGGGAUGGCAGCAGCAGCAGCAGCAGCAGUGAUGUAAGCGGCGCCCGGGCGCUGGAUGCUGCUGCAGGUUGCUCGCGCGCUCCUUGUUUAUCGCGGGCCGCCGUCGAGGCCGCGGAGGGGCGAGGGGCCCUUGUGGCGCGGGGGCUGCCGGCGGUGGGGAUCGCCCUCCUCGGCUCCUCAGCAGGUGUUGCUCCGUCCCUCCUCCCCGUCCGCCUCCUGAUCACCCUCCUUCUCAUUAUUAUGUCUGCUUCGCCGGAGACGCGGCUGCCCGGGCGCCUAUGGAAGCUGCCGCCGCCGCCGAGAUGCAGCCGUGGCGAGCGCUGAGGAGCCGCCGGCUGGGUGUCCCGCUGCCCCGGGGGGCUGUGCAGCAGCAGCAGGCGGCGGACGGAAGGGUCACCGCGGCGGCGGCUCAGUGGGACGCCAGCUAGCCAGGGGCUCUCCGCCUGGCGCACCCCGCUGCCCUUUCGGAAGCGCUGCAUCCUCGACCCGGCGCAACCCGGGAGGACAGGAGAAGGAUGGGUGGUCCUCGGUGUGGCGCUCUGGCUGCGGAGCUGAGCGAGACCCCGUUUUAGAAGCUCCUUGAGGAGGGCGCGGGUUGGGCAGGCGCGGAAGAGAGCCGAGGGGGUCCCCACCACCAGCCGCCGGCCUGCAAGCAGGUCUCCCCCGCCCUCCCCCACCUCUCCCCGAGCGCGCGGCCAUGGACAGGCUGCCGCCGUCGAUGCGCAAGCGAUUAUACAGCCUCCCGCAGCAGAUCGGCCCCAAAGCGUCGAUCAUGGACGAGGAGGACGAAGAAGCCGGUGGAGGAGGAAGAGGAGGAAGCGGCUGCAGCGGCGGCGGUGCCGACAAGGACGCCCGUCGCAAAAGCAUCAAGCUAAGGCCCUUGGCGUCGGCGCCGCCAGGGGGAGCCCGGGGGCAAGGGGCAGGAGAGCCCUCGAGGCCCGGCGUCGGGGAUGCGGGCGGCGGACUCGUGGAAAGCGGAGAGGCAGCGACGGCGGCGGCUUCGUCGGCUGCCUCGGGGGCGCCGGGCUGCCGGGGCAGCGGCAAGAGCAGCACCAACGGGGACUGCCGGCGUUUCAAGGGGAGCCUCUCGUCUCUGGCCAGCCGCCACCCGCACGACUCGGGCGAGGAGCGCCGCCUGAUCAGCAGCGAAGGGGACGCGGCGUCCCCCGGCGACGAGCGCAGCCCCCCGGACCUGUCGGACACCGAGCCAGGACCCCCGGCUUCCUCGACCCCGGCGGCAGCCUCGUCCUGCUCGUCCCCGCCGGACCCUCCGCCUCCUCCCUCUUCGUCCGCCUUCGUGAAAGUGGAAGGGGGCGGGGGUCCCGACGGAGCGGGAGGGGGCGCCGACCAGAUCACCCCGGACGACGAGCAGCGGCUGGGCCAGGCCGGCUUCAUGCAGAGGCAGUUCGGGGCGAUGCUGCAGCCGGGGGUCAACAAAUUCUCCUUGAGGAUGUUUGGCAGCCAAAAGGCCGUGGAGAGGGAGCAGGAAAGGGUUAAGUCCGCCGGCUUCUGGAUCAUCCACCCGUACAGCGAUUUCAGGUUUUACUGGGACUUGACAAUGCUGCUCCUGAUGGUUGGCAACUUGAUCAUCAUUCCGGUGGGCAUCACCUUCUUCAAGGACGAGAACACCACCCCAUGGAUUGUUUUCAACGUGGUCUCGGACACCUUCUUCCUCAUUGACCUGGUCCUCAAUUUCCGCACGGGGAUUGUGGUGGAAGACAACACGGAGAUCAUCCUUGACCCGCAGAGGAUUAAGAUGAAGUACCUCAAGAGCUGGUUCGUGGUGGAUUUUAUCUCCUCCAUCCCAGUGGACUACAUUUUCCUGAUCGUGGAGACGCGCAUCGAUUCGGAGGUUUACAAGACGGCCCGAGCCCUGCGGAUCGUGCGCUUCACCAAAAUCCUUAGCCUCUUGCGGCUUCUGAGGCUUUCCAGGCUCAUACGCUACAUCCAUCAGUGGGAGGAGAUCUUCCACAUGACCUAUGACCUGGCAAGCGCCGUGGUGCGGAUCGUGAACUUGAUCGGCAUGAUGCUGCUGCUGUGUCACUGGGACGGCUGCCUCCAGUUUCUGGUGCCAAUGCUCCAGGACUUCCCUGACGACUGUUGGGUUUCACUGAAUCGCAUGGUGAAUGACUCCUGGGGGAAGCAAUAUUCCUAUGCGCUGUUCAAGGCUAUGAGCCACAUGCUGUGUAUCGGCUAUGGGCAGCAAGCCCCAGUGGGCAUGUCCGACGUAUGGCUCACUAUGCUGAGCAUGAUUGUCGGGGCCACCUGCUAUGCCAUGUUCAUCGGCCACGCCACAGCCCUCAUCCAGUCUUUGGACUCCUCGCGUCGGCAGUAUCAGGAGAAGUACAAGCAAGUGGAGCAGUACAUGUCCUUCCACAAGCUCCCAGCUGAGAUGCGCCAGAGGAUCCACGACUACUACGAACACCGCUACCAGGGCAAAAUGUUUGACGAGGAGAGCAUCCUGGGAGAGCUGAGUGAGCCAUUGAGGGAGGAGAUCAUCAACUUCAACUGCCGGAAACUUGUGGCCUCCAUGCCUCUGUUUGCCAACGCAGACCCCAAUUUUGUAACAUCCAUGCUGACCAAACUGCGUUUUGAGGUGUUCCAGCCGGGCGACUACAUCAUCCGGGAGGGAACAAUCGGAAAGAAGAUGUAUUUUAUCCAGCACGGGGUGGUGAGUGUGCUCACCAAAGGCAACAAGGAGACCAAGCUGGCUGAUGGUUCCUACUUUGGAGAAAUUUGCCUGCUGACUCGUGGCCGGCGGACGGCGAGUGUGAGAGCCGACACUUACUGCCGCCUCUACUCCCUCUCGGUGGACAACUUUAAUGAGGUGCUUGAGGAGUAUCCCAUGAUGAGGAGGGCUUUUGAAACGGUGGCCCUGGACAGACUGGACAGAAUUGGAAAGAAGAACUCCAUCCUGCUCCACAAAGUCCAGCAUGAUCUCAACUCGGGUGUCUUCAACUACCAGGAGAACGAGAUCAUCCAGCAAAUCGUGCAGCACGACCGAGAGAUGGCCCACUGUGCACAUAACGUCCAGGCCGCCGCCGCCGCAUCGACCCCCACGCCGGUUAUCUGGACGCCACUGAUCCAGGCCCCUUUGCAAGCUGCAGCGGCCACCACAUCCGUAGCAAUAGCUCUCACCCACCACCCUCGCCUCCCGACGGCCAUUUUCCGCCCGCCCGUCUCUGUUCUGGGUUCCUUGGGGCAGGCCCCGAACCAGACUCCAAGGCAGCUGAGGAGACUUCACUCCUUGGUGUCUUCGGCCGGGCCUUCCAUCGUGGGCUCCCCUUCAAGCACGCAAUCCCAGCAGCACACCCCGGGGGCAGACACCCUCUCGUCGUCGUCCUUCCAGAUCCAGCAGCUGGCUGGCUUCACGGCCUCGGCCGGCUUGGGCCAGUUCCACCGGGCUUCGGCCGGCUCCCCGUCGGCUGCCUCGACUCAGCAGCAGCCCUUGGGGAGCCCGUCCUCGGCAGGCCUGGGCCUGUUGCACCAGGGGCCUUCGGAUUCCCCAGAAGGGGUGGCUCAGCAGCAGGCUCCCGACAGCAAUCUCCUGAGUGGCUUUGGCCCCUUCCAGAAGGCCCCUGCUAGUUCGCCAUCCACCGCCUUCCCCCAGCUAUCCUCCAAUUCCCCCGGCAGCCCCCUUGGCCGCACCCAAGCCGCUUGCAGCAACAAGCCCGCCCAGCCAGGCCAGGCCCAGCAGCUCUCAGGAACUGGAGCCCUGGGAGGGACGAACCACUUUCCGUUGCCUCCCUCCUCAAGCCCACCGCCCUCCAGCUUAAGCCAGCUGGCACAGGCCUCCGGAGGCUCCCCGUCGGCCUCGUGCCAAACCCAGCCAAGUGCAUUAGGACCUUCCGCUUCUCCUGCUGCGACCGUAGCUCAGUUGCACCACGAAAGGUCACCCUUUGCCUCUAUGUCUCCUUUGAAACAGCCCGCCGGUGCCCCUCCUCCGCUGUUCCCACCCUCAGGCCUUAGCCCUCCUAGUCAAUGUGCUGCAGCCAGGACUUUGCAGUGUGCCCCUUCUGGGGCAAGGGGCUCCCAUGGAUCUCUGCUGAUGCCUCAGACCUCCAGUCCACCUCUACAGGUCCUUCAGCCCAGGAGUACGCCACCGCCGCCGCUUCCACCGGGACGGUUAAGCCAGGACCUCAAGUUCAUCUCUGCUUCCCAUCCAACUCUGCCCCACGAAACGGCUCAGACUUUAAGCCGAGGCUCUUCUCCCCACUCCUCUAGGGAAUCUGUUUCUAGUUUCUCAUCUUUCUCUGGAGGAGGGGGAGCAGGAGGAGGAGGAGGGACCAGGCCUCUAGGGAAGCCAUACAGCUCUGUACCAGGGCGAGUGACUCUACCACGCCAGAUGUCCUCAGGUUCACUGCCUCCGCCACCUGCAUUUGAGGCCAGUUGCGCCAUCCCCCCACCUCUGACUGCUGUCGUGACUGCUGUCGAAGGGAGGAAAGGGUCUAUAGGGCUCACUGGGGAACGAGAGCCCAUCCGAUCAAAACUGCCCUCCAAUUUAUGAGAUGCUCUCCUUCUCUCCCCCUCACCUACAUUUUCUGGCCGCCAUCCCUCUUGGCCACAGUUUGGAGGAGCCGGUUUUAUUUCAUUUGUGCUUUUUAGAUCCCAAUAGACUUUUACAUGACUCUCAUUUUCUUCCUUUGUUUUCUUCAAGCUAACUAUGAUUAGAGGUUUUAAAAAAAAUAAUAAGGAGAACAACAGCAGCAAAAAAGAUAACCAGGUAUUCUUAGAGCUAUAGAUUUUGAGUCACUUUCUUUUAUAGAGUAUUUUACUACACGGAGCAAAAGAUUGGGGGGUGGGGGAAGGAAUGUAAUCAAUAUGUGAUGAUAAUAAGAACAACUCAGAGAGUAGAUGUGCAGCUGAUGUAAAGGAUAAAGAUAAGAAAAUUGGCUCCCUUUGGAGAAACAGAUCUCUCAUUGAUGUAAAUCAGUGCCAGGAAUCUAGGGGUCACCUCUUGAGUUGAUAAGAUCUGGAAUCCCGUGUCCACAUGCCAAAUUUCCAAUUAGAUCUGAAGAGGUUACACAUGGGAUCUCAGAAAGAUAUACAAGUAAGAAGAAAUGAGAAUUCACUCCCCUUGAGGGGGAAUGAAAUACGUUGAACCAAACUUUCACAAAUUGCCAGAAUUGAAAUGGUUCAUACCUCUAGACCCUCUUUCCACUAAAUUUGUGGAGGGGUUUCUUAAACCUAUUCCACCCCUGUGCCCUGUUGUUUUUCUGCUGAAAACACACACACUCACUCAGUCUCUCUCUCUCUCUCUCUCUCUCUCUCUCUCUCUCUCACACACACACACAC